AUGUCCUAUUUCAAAGACGCUCAGAAGAUUAUUGAAGAUGACAGUUCAGAUCAGUGGGGCCGUAUGGUAGAGACCGCCGAGAACAUGAACCGAGCCGGAUUGGGAUUUCAGCGAGGGUCGUCUCAUGUCAAAGCUGAAGAUGUACAGCCUAGUUUCUGUAGCAGAGGGUUCAUCCAUGGGUUUAGGGUGUUACAUAGUGGUAUCAGAGCAGGUCGGUCCAUCCGACCAGGUUUUGACAUAAUGGCUGGAAGAAAUGAUCGUAUAAUUGUUGAUGCUUUGGAUUCAGUGGCUCAAAGGAAUAAUUCGCUAAUGUUCAAGAGCGAGUAUGAUCUAGAGGGUGCUCAGAGACUUGAGGUUGUUGGUGUUGAGAUCACUUGGGUUAUAUUUAGGGUGAAAUUCCUUGAGAAGUACUUUCCUGAGGAUGUGUGUAGCAAGAAGGAGAUUGAAUUCCUUGAGCUUAAGCAAGGAAACAUGACAGUUGUUGAGUAUGCUGCCAAGCUCGAGGAACUUGUGAAGUUCUAUCCAUACAACACUGGUGCGGUUGUGGAAGGGUCAAAGUGCAUUAAGUUUGAGAACAGAAUGCGUCCAAAGAUUAAGCGGGGGAUUUAUGAUGAGGAUUGCAGGGCUUGUUCUGCUCACUAUAAAAGUGUUAGUGAGAGGAAGGGAAGGGACCAAUAUCACGGGAAGUCGUAUAGUCCGCCAGCUGAAAGAGGGAAACAAAGUGUUGUUGAUGAGAAAAAUCCAAGUGGUGGAGAGACUAUUUCUUCUAUUAAGUGCUUCAAGUUUGACGAGUUGGGCCACCGUUCUAAUGAAUACAGGAAUAAUGUUCUGAGGUGCUUCAAAUGUGGUAAGAUCGGUCACCAUAUUACAGGUUGUAAGAGUGUUAGGCCAACUUGUUAUAACUGCGGUGAACAGGGUCACAUUAGUACCAUUUUCAAAAACCGAAGAAGGCACAGUCUAGGGGAAAAGGCUUUGGUUUGUUAG